UAUCUUUUUUGAAAUGGGGCAACCAGAUCUGCAUGCAAUAUUCGAGAUGUGGGCAUACCAUGGAUUAAUAUAGAGGCAAUAUUGUAUUUUCUAUCUUAUCUAUCCCUUUCUGUUUACUUUUUGACUGCCGUGGCACAUUGCAUGGAUAUUUUCAGAGAACUAUCCACAAUAACUCCAAGAUCCUCUCUUGAGUGGAAACAACUCAUUUAGACCCCAUCAUUUUAUAUGUAUAGUUGGGAUUAUGUUUUCCAAUGGGCUGCAGUAUGUGCUAUCCUGACAUCUAGCACUGCUGAGAUCCUGCAUUCAGUGAUAUCUCUGCCCUUCCUGUUCCCUUUCUCCACUGAACCCCACAAAAAAAAACCAAGAUUGUUAACUACUGGCAAAAAAACAUAUUAAUUGACUAUGUGUAAUGAGGUAUAAAAGUCAGAAUUGUUUACAAAAGAAAUGCAAGAUAAAACACACACUAAUGUCUAAGUUAACAAGCUAAAACGGAUACAAAACAAAUUGUUUCUCUUGCCAUAUGCUGAGACAGGCUGGCUUUCCUUUCAGCCAGGGCUCCCUCUAACCAACCCCUGCUGCCAAGUUCAGUUCUUCGGGAGUUCUCAUGGGAAGAGAGAGAGUCUCAGGCAUUUUCCUCCCCUCUUUUUAUAAUUCAGUCCUUUGUACUAGAAGCAACUACAGUUCUCAGCUGAGUCAUAAUGACAGGCUGUCUGUUGUAGAUAUGAGCUUCAAGUGGUCCCUGUGGUGGAAUGUAAAUGUCUUCUUCACACCUUCCCCCUGCCGGAGAAUGGCAAUUUGACCAGCUGUUUGCCUUGCUGUCUCUGAGGAGCUGGUCUGUGGAUGUUCCCCAGAAUUGUAACUUUUUCAGUAAUAUCAUGCAGUAAAAUCUUAGAACUUUACAUACGGUGUUGUUACACAUAUUUUAACAGGACAAUAUUCAAUAGAUUAUAUGAUUUCAAAUGAUACCUCACAAGCCAUACUGUGUAAAAAACUGAUCAUAAUUUUGUAGAAGAGUGAAAAUAGGGGUACAGACUGACACAGUGUGUGUGUCUGUGUGUGUUCCCAGCAGAUAUGUGGGUAUUUCAAUCCCUCAUAAGCAGAGUGUUGGGCAUCUUCAAGGACCUGGGGAGCUGGUCCUGGGAAUUCACUGGUUUAGUAAGUGUGACACUGUAUGGAAUUGUGAGACACUUUAUAUUAUUAUUUUUAUUAUUAAUACCAAUUUUGAUAAAAUUGCAAUGAAUCAUGCUAGAUAUGCGAUGUAAGGUGUCAGUGAAAAUAUUAUGGUUUUCCAAGUAUGAUCAUUUUGUUUCUGUUUCUAUAACCUUUGUAUGGUGAGUUAUAGAUUUGUGGGAAAAUCUGUGUUUCCAGACUUGUGCAGUGUUUCUGUGUGCCACACUAAGACAUAUUGGCAUCAGCACUGCAUCGUCUGUUCGAUGGCCCAUCCAGGGUCAUCAGCUGUACAAUGAGCCCAUGAAAAGAACCAAGGGGAUACACCUAUUGAGUCAGCAAGACAUGCAGGGGUGCGCCUGUGUACGGAGACCUCCAAGGCUUUUCCAUGCCAUGUGCUAUGAAGCUUGUGUUUGGGACACAGGAAGUACAAGCCACAAGGCAAAGGGAAUAGAAAGGGCAGCUGCAUCAUCUCCAUUUUCUCUUCAAUCCCUCUUCCUACCUCUGGAGGAACUUUGCUACAAACUGAAGCCUUGAACAAAGGACUGAAUGACCCAUCCAAGCUGUGGAUGUGUUCCAGACGAGAAUCGAUAUACAGGGUUUCCAGUUCCCCAGCUUGCUGUGGAACAAGGGGAAGAGCCAUGGGUCCCAGACCUCAAGCGUUCAGAGGAAAGAGAGAUCCUGAGAGCUCCUCCUUGCACAGCAGGUGAUGCAAUGGUAUUUGAGAAAGAGGAGCAGAAUUCUCAGCAGGAAAAUGUUGAGCAAGUGGAUAAACACAGAGAAUUAUCACAAAGAUGGAAAAGCAAUGUGUCCAGGAGUCAUGAACGGGGAAAAUCCUGUGAGAUUCAGCACAGACCAGAAAGUGAGCAGGGAAACCAGCCAGGGGAGAAAGUGGGAAAAUUUAUUUCCUGUUGGGGAACUCAGAAGGGCCUGAAGGAAACCACAACACAGCAGGAAAUCCUCAGGAGAAAGAGAAGAAAUACAUGCGCUGAGUGUGGAAAAAACUUCACUCACAACUCAGACCUUUCUGUUCAUCAGAGAAUCCACACAGGAGAGAGGCCCUAUGAAUGCAGGGAGUGUGGGAAAAGCUUCACGAGCAGCUCAGCCCGUUCUAAACAUCGGAGAAUCCACACAGGGGAGAGGCCCUACGAAUGCAGUGAGUGUGGGAAAACCUUCACUCAAAGCUCAGCCCUUUCUGUUCAUCAGAGAAUCCACACAGGGGAGAGGCCCUAUGAAUGCCGUGAGUGUGGGAAGAGCUUCACUAGCAGCUCAGACCUUUAUAGACAUCAGAGAAUCCACACAGGGGAGAGGCCCUAUGGAUGCCGUGAGUGUGGGGAAAAUUUCACUCACAGAUCAGGCCUUUCUCAACAUCAGAGAAUCCACACCGGGGAGAGGGCCUACGAAUGCCGUGAGUGUGGGAAAAAUUUAAAUAGCCUCUCGCACCUUAUUAGUCAUCAGAGAAUCCACAAAGGGGAGAGGCCCUAUGAAUGCAGCGAGUGUGGGAAAAACUUCAUUCACAGAUCAGCCCUUUCUGAACAUCAGAGAAUCCACACCGGGGAGAGGCCCUAUGAAUGCCCUGAGUGUGGGAAACGCUUCAGUCGCAGCUCACACCUUGUUAGUCAUCAGAGAAUCCACACGGGCGAGAGGCCCUAUGAAUGCCGGGAGUGUGGAAAAAAUUUCACUCACAGAUCAGCCCUUUCUGAUCAUCAGAGAAUCCACACAGGGGAGAGGCCCUAUGAAUGCACUGAGUGUGGGAAAAGCUUCACUCAAAGAUCAGGCCUUUUUCACCAUCAGCGAAUUCACACAGGAGAGAGGCCUUAUGAAUGCCGUGAGUGUGGGAAAUGCUUCACUCAAAGAUCAGGCCUUUCUCAACAUCAGAGAAUCCACACAGGGGAGAGGCCCUAUGAAUGCCGUGAGUGUGGGAAUACCUUCUCUUGGCACUCAGCCCAUGUUAGCCAUCAGAGAAUCUGCAAGGGAGAUCAACACCAUAAAAACCUCUAGGGCUAUCAAUACAUUUUUUUUCUUUAAUACUUUUCCUGAUUCCCACAUAGUAACUUUUAAAGCUGUUAGAACCGUUUGCAGCAGCGUUAUCCCUCAGCUUGUCCAGAGAAGUGGCCCAUUUGUAACCCAGGCCCUACAGAAGAUCUCUUCUAGCUAAUCCUAUGGUAUGGGGAAUGCUCCCCUUCAUGAUGCAGAUAUUGAGGAAUAGAAGUGGGGGUUUUGUUGAAUGUAUCCCUAGUAGGUGCUAAAACUGUGUAUAAAAUGAAAUCAGUGUUUGGAAAUCUAAUAGCUGCAGAAAAAUAGCUAUUUUUGAAUAGAAACUACUGUUCUGGUAACUAACGGAGAUUCUGAUCCAGGCCUGUAUCAGUCCCUUGCCUGGAAGGGUGCCACCAAAUUAAAGAAAAGCUGGGUAUGGUUUGGGAAGCCAUUCCUCAUGAACACUGCUGAGAUUUUGAAUGGUUUUGUAAAGGAUUCUACUUCAGAGAUGUGCAAAUUUUACCCUAACCAAGGCCAAGGAUUUGGAAAGAACUGGGGGUGAAAGAGUACACACUCAAUUCUUGGUUUCCACCCCAGUAAAGGAAGCUAUGGUGACCAAUGACCCAAGGAAAAUUGUUUGUACAACUCCACUUACUAGUUCAAUGUCACUGAUUACAGUUCCAAAGCAUGCCAGGGUUAGCUUGAGAGCAAUCGUCUUUCACCGUUUGGAUCCAAAGAGAGAGUGUUUCAUAGGACUUUCCUUCCCCUUGGAUCCCAAACUGGCUGCCUGAUUGGGUAACAAGGACUUUCAGGCUGUGGAAAUGAUGCUAACCAAUGAGGCAAUGAAUGUGUCAGGCUCCAGUUUCAGACUUCAGGAUGCACACGAUGGCUACACAAUAAAGCUGAGGUUGGCGCAGCCUCACCAAUGCAGCUGCACUGGUGUAGCCCGGCUAGUACAGCAGCAAAGAGUCCUGUGGCACCUUAUAGACUAAGAGACAUAUUGGAGCAUUUUCUUUAAUGGGUGAAUACUCACUUCGUCAGAUGCACGUAGUGGAAAUAUCCAGAGGCAGGUAUAAAUUUGCAAGCAAGAAUCAGGCUUGGGAGUCAAUCACUGAACUAACCUCGUUAUCCCUAGCCUGAUUCUUGCUUGCAUGUUUAUACCUGCCUCUGGAAAUUCCCACUACAUGCAUCUGACGAAGUGGGUAUUCACCCACGAAAGCUUAUGCUCCAAGACGUGUGUUAGUCUAUAAGGUGCCACAGGACUCUUUGCCACUUUUACAGAUUCAGACUAACAUGGCUACCUCUCCGAUAUUGACACUGGUAUUACAGAUGCUCUGAGCCAAUGGGAGAGAUCUCUCCCGUCGGACUUUAUUAGUCCAGCUUCCGCAAGCAGCGGUGGCUUUGUUGGAAGGAGAAGCUCUCCCCACUUCCCUAAGUGGGGGUUAGGGUGUGGAUUUUUCACACCGAGCAAUAUAGUUAUACGGAUAAAUGUCUUUAGUGUAGACUAUACAGUUUUCUCUUCUGUUUUAUGAAUUUAUAUCACUUCUCCUCUACCUUCUUCUACUUUGAAAGAUUAAAAAGUGUGAAAAGAGGUAUUUUUCCUCCUGAUGCAAACAUUCCCACAUAGGAGACCCCUUCCACCAACACACAUGACAGAAGAUCCUGAGAUAUAUGAACUCACAGAAGUGGUUGGGACAAACCAGAACUUGAGCCAAGGUUCAGUUGUUGGCAAUGGGGAUAAAAGAAAACUAAUAUAUAUGACAAGAAUUUGUGAUCUUUGAAUAUGUUGUUGUUACCAAUGAAAAUGAAAUGAUAGGUGAAGUUAUUGGUGAAAGAGUAAGAGACUAAUUGUGUGAUAAUCUGAAUUAUUUUGGAAAAUUGAAAGUUGACUUGUUUUUUGUUUUGUUAGUUUUUACAGGAAAUUAUGGCAAAUCUUAAAAAGUUCAUUUGAUUUAAUUUACCCGCUGUAGCGUAAGGAGUUCUGGUAGAAAACCUCACUCCAAAGCUUAGGGUUGGGAGAAUAUGUGUGAGAAAAAGUGUAUGAGAGACUAUUGGUCCAAUAUAGAUUUUAAUUUUCUGUAUUUCAAAUGACACUUAUUUAGCUUAAUUUCAAAAUCAAUUUCUGUUAAAAGGAAAACUACUCAUGGA